UCGGGGUUUUUAUUUCUUUAUCAAAUCAAGAUGAAGGAGUUUAUUUUGUUGCUGCUCUUCUGUCAUGUUGCAUCUUCAGUGCUUCACUCCCUGAAGUAUUUCUUAACUGGAUCGUCUCAGGUCCCAAACUUCCCAGAGUUUGUGGCUGUUGGUUUGGUUGAUGAAGCUCAGAUUGUUCACUAUGACAGCAACACACAGAGAGUGGUGCCCAAACAGGACUGGAUGGAGAAGGUCACAGGUGAUCUUUCUAACUACUGGGACUCACAAACUCAGAUUCUUCAGGGCUCCCAGCAGAUCUUCAAAGCCGACAUUGACAUCUUGAAGAAACACUUCAACCAAACUGGAGGUGUUCACACCUACCAGAGGAUGUACGGCUGUGAAUGGGACGAUGAGACUGGAGACACUAAAGGUUUUGAGCAGUAUGGUUAUGAUGGAGAAGACUUUAUAGUUUUUGACCUGAAGACAAAGACAUGGAUCGCUCCAACACCACAGGCUGUCAUCACCAAAUACAAGUGGGACAGAGAUGCAGAUCAAAAUGAGUACUAUUUCAACUACUUCACCAAGGGAUGCAUUGAUUGGCUGAAGAAGUAUGUGGGCUAUGGGAGGAGCACUCUGCUGAGAACAGAGCUUCCCUCGGUGUCUCUCCUCCAGAAGACUCCCUCCUCUCCAGUGACCUGCCACGCUUCAGGUUUCUACCCCAACAAAAUCAUGUUGUUCUGGAGGAGAGACGGAGAGGAGCUUCAUGAGGAUGUGGAUCACGGAGAGAUCCUCCACAACCACGAUGGAACCUUCCAGAAGAGCGUUGACCUGGACGUUUCAUCAGUCAAAGCUGGAGACUGGGGGAGGUACAGCUGUGUGUUUCAGCUCUCUGGUGAGGAGGACAUCGUCACCAAACUGGACCCAAAAGUGAUCAAGACCAACUGGGGCAGGACUGAGAUCAAACGUGAUGGAGUGCGUCACUCCCUGAAGUAUUUCAACACGGCUUCGUCUGGAGUCCCAAACUUCCCAGAGUUUGUUGUUGUUGGUUUGGUUGAUGGUGUUCAGAUUGUUCACUAUGACAGCAACACACAGAGAGCAGUGCCCAAACAGGACUGGAUGGAGAAGGUCACAGCUGAUGAAGCUGGUUACUGGGACUCACAAACUCAGAUAUCUCAGAGUAACGAGCAGAUCUUCAAAGUCAGAAUUGACACCUUGAAGAAACGCUUCAACCAAACUGGAGGUGUCCACAUUGUCCAGGUGAUGUACGGCUGUGAAUGGGACGAUGAGACUGGAGACACUAAUGGUUUUAGUCAGCAUGGUUAUGAUGGAGAAGACUUUGUAGUUUUUGACCUGAGGACAAAGACGUGGAUCGCUCCAACACCACAGGCUGUCAUCACCAAACACAAGUGGGACAGAGAUACAGGUCAAAAUGAGUAUUUGUACCACUACUUCACCCAGGAGUGCAUUGACUGGCUGAAGAAGUAUGUGGGCUAUGGGAGGAGCACUCUGCUGAGAACAGAGCUUCCCUCGGUGUCUCUCCUCCAGAAGACUCCCUCCUCUCCAGUGACCUGCCACGCUUCAGGUUUCUACCCCAACAAAAUCAUGUUGUUCUGGACGAGAGACGGAGAGGAGCUUCUUGAGGACGUGGACCACGGAGAGAUCCUCCACAACCACGAUGGAACCUUCCAGAAGAGCAUUGACCUGGACGUUUCAUCAGUCAAAGCUGAAGACUGGGGGAGGUACAGCUGUGUGUUUCUGCUCUCUGGUGUCAAGGAGGACAUCGUCACCAAACUGGACCCAAAAGUGAUCAAGACCAACUGGGGCAAGACUGAGAUCAAACGUGAUGGAGUGCGUCACUCCCUGAAGUAUUUCUACACGGCUUCAUCUGGAGUCCCAAACUUCCCAGAGUUUGUUGUUGUUGGUUUGGUUGAUGAUGUUCAGAUUGUUCACUAUGACAGCAACACACAGAGAGCAGAAGCCAAACAGGACUGGAUGGAGAAGGUCACAGCUGAUGAUCCUCAGUACCUGGAGAAGGAAACUCAGAGGUUUCUGGGUGACCAGCUGGUCUUCAAAGCCAGAAUUGAAACCUUGAAGAAACUCUUCAGCCAAACUGGAGGUGUUCACACCUACCAGAACAUGUACGGCUGUGAAUGGGACGAUGAGACUGGAGACACUGAUGGUAUUAAUCAGUUUGGUUAUGAUGGAGAAGACUUUAUAGCUUUUGACCUGAAGACAAUGACAUGGAUCGCUCCAAUACCACAGGCUGUCUUCACCAAACACAAGUGGGAGAGAGAGGCAGGUACAAAUGAGCGCUGGAAGAACUACCUCACCCAGGAGUGUAUUGACUGGCUGAAGAAGUAUUUGGACUAUGGGAGAAGCACUCUGCUGAGAACAGAGCUUCCCUCUGUGUCUCUCCUCCAGAAGACUCCCUCCUCUCCAGUGACCUGCCACGCUUCAGGUUUCUACCCCAACAAAAUCAUGUUGUUCUGGACGAGAGACGGAGAGGAGCUUUAUGAGGACGUGGAGCACGGAGAGAUCCUCCACAACCACGAUGGAACCUUCCAGAAGAGCAUUGACCUGCACGUUUCAUCAGUCAAACCUGAAGACUGGGGGAGGUACAGCUGUGUGUUUCAGCUCUCUGGUGUCAUGGAGGACAUCGUCACCAAACUGGACCCAGACGUGAUCAAGACCAACUGGGGCAAGACUGAGAUCAAACGUUAUGGAGGGCGUCACUCUCUGAAGUAUUUUGACACGGCUUCAUCUGGAGUCCCAAACUUCCCAGAGUUUGUUGUUGUUGGUUUGGUUGAUGAUGUUCAGAUUGUUCACUAUGACAGCAACACACAGAGAGCAGAAGGCAAACAGGACUGGAUGGAGAAGGUCACAGGUGAUGAAGCUGGUUACUGGGACAGACAAACUCAGAUAGCUCAGAGUCACCAGCAGAUCCACAAAGUCAACAUUGGCAUCGCGAAGAAACGCUUCAACCAAACUGGAGGUGUCCACACCUACCAGUGGAUGUCCGGCUGUGAAUGGGACAAUGAGACCGGACACACUGAUGGUUUUAGUCAGUAUGGUUAUGAUGGAGAAGAUUUUAUAGCUUUUGACCUGAAGACAAAGACAUGGAUCGCUCCAACACCACAGGCUGUCAUCUCCAAACACAAGUGGGACGGAGAUGCAGAUCAAAAUGAGUAUUUGUACAACUACUACACCCAGGGGUGCAUUGACUGGCUGAAGAAGUAUUUGGACUAUGGGAGAAGCACUCUGCUGAGAACAGAGCUUCCCUCAGUGUCUCUCCUCCAGAAGACUCCCUCCUCUCCAGUGACCUGCCACGCUUCAGGUUUCUACCCCAACAAAAUCAUGUUGUUCUGGAGGAGAGACGGAGAGGAGCCUCAUGAGGAUGUGGACCACGGAGAGAUCCUCCUCAACCACGAUGGAACCUUCCAGAAGAGCGUUGACCUGCACGUUUCAUCAGUCAAACCUGAAGACUGGGGGAGGUACAGCUGUGUGUUUCAGCUCUCUGGUGUCGAGGAGGACAUCGUCACCAAACUGGAUCCAGAAGUGAUCAAGACCAACUGGGGCAAGACUGAGAUCAAACGUGAUGGAGAGAAGCCCAGUGACCUGACCAUCCCCAUCGUUGCUGCUGUGGCUGUUAUUGCUGUGCUCCUCAUUGCUGGCAUCGGAUUCGCAGUGUACAAGAAGAAACCAGCAAGUGUGCUGUGAGCGACGCAGGAUUGGCUGAGGCUCUCCAGUCCCUGGAUUGGCUGAUCGUUCAGGAGAAGAGCUAUAUAAUGCCCAAGAUGGAGACAGUCAGGGCAGCAGCAGGCUCUCCUUGCCAGCCAUCUCUUUGUUCUUUGCUCCAGUGUUGUGAAAGUGGUCUAUGUAUAGAGCAGUA